GAAGAAUUUGUUGAGGUUACGGUGUCAUACAACAUGUCCAGCGGAAAUACUUGGGAUACUCUAGCAACUCUAGCCAACAAAAUUCAAAAGGUGCAUUUGAAAGACCUAAUAUCGGAACCUCAUCGCGAACAAUAUUGCUUGAUCGAAAAGAAUGGCAUCAUACUUGAUCUAUCUAGACAGAAGAUUGAUAGAGAAGUUUUGAAGCACCUGUUCCAGUUAUCUACAGAGAGACAGUUGGUGGAAAGGAUAAAGUCCAUGUUUAAAGGGGAACAAGUGAAUGACACGGAGAAGCGUGCGGCACUUCAUAUUGCCUUGAGAGCAAAACGGAAUCAAAGAAUCGAAGUUUGUGGCGAGAAUGUUAUGGUUGAAAUAUAUGCAGUCCUAGACAAGAUUUCACAGUUUGUCUGUCGCGUUCGUGAGGGAACUUUUCGAGGAUUCACCAACAAACCCAUCAAAAACUUUAUUUCUAUAGGAAUUGGUGGUUCCUAUCUUGGUCCAGAGUUUGUAUAUGAAGCGCUUCGUUCGGAUCCUGAAGCGAAGAAAGCUGCUGAUGGUUAUUGUCUUCGGUUUCUAUCGAAUGUUGAUCCUGUAGACUACUUUCGAGUUAUUCAAGGCUUGAAUCCUGAGGAAACUUUGGCUGUCAUAGUAAGCAAGUCUUUUACGACUCCUGAAACGAUGCGAAAUGCCCGCAAUAUUCGUCAGUGGUUCAUUAAUGCUCUUUCAGAGGACAGUAUUUCCCAUCAUAUGGUUGCAGUAAGUACGAAUUUGGAAGCAGUGAGAGACUUUGGUAUCGAUCCUGAGAAUGCAUUUGGCUUCUGGGAUUGGGUAGGAGGUCGAUAUUCUGUUUGCUCUGCAGUUGGAAUAUUGCCGUUAUCUCUCUACUUUGGAUUCGAUACUAUGCGUGAGUUCUUGGAUGGUGCACAAGACAUGGACCAGCACUUUGUCCAUACUCCUAUGGAACAAAAUAUUCCUCUAUUAAUGGGACUAGUUGGAGUAUGGAACCGAACUUUUCUAGGUUAUCCUGUUCGAGCAUUGCUGCCUUAUAGUCAGGCAUUGUUGCGUUUUCCUGCCCAUAUUCAACAAGUCGAUAUGGAAAGUAAUGGAAAGAGUGUCGAUCGUCAUGGAAGUGUGGUUUCCUUUCCUACUGGGCCUAUCAACUUUGGAGAACCUGGAACCAAUGGACAACAUUCUUUUUAUCAGUUAUUGCAUCAAGGAAAAACUAUUGUACCUGCCGAUUUUAUUGGAUAUAUUCACAGUCACCAAGAUAUUUCUACAGAUGAAAUAAGUGCACAUGAUGAAUUGAUGUGCAAUUUGUUUGCCCAACCGGAUGCGUUGGCAUUGGGAAAGACUGCGGAAGAAUGUAGGAAGGAAGGAAUUGCUGAAUAUCUAAUUCCUCAUCGUACAUUCCCAGGCAAUCGUCCAAGUACAAUUUUACUCUUAACCAAGUUGAAUGCCUUUGCAUUGGGACAACUUUUGGCGAUAUUUGAACAUCGAACUGUGGUGGAAGGAUUCCUGUGGGAUAUUAAUUCUUUCGAUCAGUGGGGUGUAGAACUUGGAAAAGUGUUGGCUAAGGAUAUUCGGCAACAAAUGAUUCAGUAUAGAAAGAAGAGCGGACAAGCGAAGAUUGCCUUGUCCAACCCUUGUUCUGAAAAAUUGUUGAAGAAAUAUUUAGAUAGUUGUUAAGUUUCAUUGUAACUUGAAAUACAUGUGUACUUUCUGUCUAGUUGUAUUCCGAUUCUUUAUCAUUUAGUGUAUAUGACAUAC